CAUCGUCGCGACUCGCGACGAGAGAGUUUUGUCCUGUACUCGACUCGACCACGCGAGUACGUGACGGCCGUGCGGCUCAAGUAAAGCUGUAAAGGACGCACUCUCGCCGAAUUAACCUCACCGUACCCCUCGCCAUGGCGGUGCCGGCUCCCCUCGCCUCGGGCGCCGCCGUCCUCCUCCUCCUCGUCUCCCUCGCGCCCGUAGUCGCCGACGAGGCCGCGCGCUACAACCCCGGCGCGUGCCGGGGCGUCCUCCUCCCGCUGCGGCGACACCGUCGACGUGCGCUACCCGUUCUUCCCCGCCGACGCCACUUACGCCGUCGAAGGCGGCACGGCGUACGCCAAGUCCUACUGCGGGUACCCCGGCAUGGGGGUGGCCUGCGAGGGCGGCCGCGCAACACUGAGGCUCGGGGCCGACAACUACACCGUGCUGGCCAUCGACUACAGCAACCACACCGUGACGGUGGCCGGCGCGGCGAGCGGGGACGACCACUGCCCGAGGGUGGCGCGCAACGUCACCGUGCCGCCGGGGACGUGGCUCAGCCUGUCGGACACCGCCAACGAGGACCUCGUCUUCUGGUUCGACUGCGUCUUCACAGCGGAGACCCCUCCGCCGCGGGCGGACGUCCCGCCCCCGAUCAGUUGCAGCGGCUUCCGGAGUCCGAGCGGGGCGACGUCUUUCGUGGUGGUGGCGCGGCCGGGCGUGGACGAGUGGGAGUGGCCGCGGGCGUGCAAGAAGCCGGUCGUCGUGCCGGUGCUCAAGGACCAGCUCCUGAACCCUGAUGCGGACUACCUCUCGCGUCUCAACGGCGACGGGUACGGGCAGCUGCUGAAGCUGGGUUUCCAGCUGACGUGGGACCCCAGCGCCGGGCCCUGCUACUUCUGCGAGAACUCCGGCGGGCAGUGCAGCUACAACCAGGUCGGAGAGUUCAUCGGCUGCCUGUGCUCCGACGGCCGCGUGCGCAGCACAGACUGCGGAUCGAAGAAGAACAAAAAAGCGAUUGCAAUAGGGACCUCCAUAGCUGCCGGCGUUCUGUCCUUGCUUCUUGUGGUCAUGGCGUGCUUGUACAUCCGCAAGAGAAGGCAGUACAAGGUGACCUCGUCCUCGAGGCUCCUCAAGCCCACUGCCUCCGGCGGGACGCCGCGUUCCAGAGGUAGCACUGACAUGGAGUCCGGCAGCGUCCGCAGCCUGCAGACGCACCACUUCACAUACGAGGAGCUGGAGGAGGCAACUGACAGCUUCAGCGGCACAAUGGAGAUCGGCGAUGGCGGCUUCGGCACCGUGUACAAAGGGCACCUCCGAGACGGGCGCGUGGUGGCCGUCAAGCGCCUGUACAACAACAGCUGGCGGCGCGUGGAGCAGUUUCUGAACGAGGCGGCCAUCCUGUCCCGCCUGCGCCACCCGAACCUGGUGCCGUUCUACGGCUGCACCUCCAGCCGCAGCCGCGAGCUCCUGCUGGUGUACGAGUUCGUGCCCAACGGCACGGUUGCGGACCACCUGCACGGCCACCGCGCGGCGGAGCGCGCGCUCACCUGGCCCCUCCGCCUCAGCGUCGCCGUCGAGGCGGCCGCGGCGCUCGCGUACCUGCACGCCGUCGAGCCGCCCAUCGUGCACCGCGACGUCAAGACCAGCAACAUCCUCCUCGACGCCAGCUUCCACGUCAAGGUCGCCGACUUCGGACUGUCCCGCCUCUUCCCGCUCGACGUCACGCACGUCUCCACCGCCCCGCAGGGCACCCCGGGGUACGUGGAUCCAGAGUACCACCAGUGCUACCAGCUGACGGACAGGAGCGACGUGUACAGCUUCGGCGUCGUGCUCGUGGAGCUCAUCUCGUCCAAGCCCGCCGUGGACAUGACCCGCGACCGCAGCGAGAUCAACCUGGCCGGCAUGGCCAUCAACAAGAUCCAGCAGCGCCAGCUGGAGCAAUUGGUGGACCUCGACCUCGGGUACGGCUCCGACGAGGCGACGAAGAAGGCCAUGACGGUGGUCGCCGAGCUGGCGUUCCGGUGCCUGCAGCAGAACGGCGAGAUGCGGCCGGCGAUCAAGGAGGUGUUCGACGCCCUCAGGAGCAUCCGGGAUGACGGGUUCGGGAAGAAGGGAGCCGCGCUCAUCGCGCCGCGCUCGCCCGACACCGUGCACGCUCCGUGGGAUAGCAUCAGUACAACCCCUAGUGUUAGCCAAUGAUCACCUUGACGAGUGCACGGUAAUAUAUAUGUCUAGUGUAGGAUAAGAUCCGUGGCCGAAAGAUGUCAUGGCUGGCUUAGGGUGUUUGUUUGGUAUUAUAAUCUAGUCAGAUUAUAUAAUCCAAUAAAUUUUAAACUAAAUGUUAGUUUAAAAUUUCUUGGAUUAUAUAAUCUAAAUAGAUUAUAAUUUCAAACAAAACCCCUUUUAAUGUCAAUGAUGGUAUCGAAAAUGUUGGAGUGUAAAUUUGUUGAGAUCUUGCUCCUGAUUGAUGUAUGUAGAAAUAGAAUAGAGAUAGUCUAACUUUGCCUCUUGUUGGUGUAAAUUAUGUCUCUCUUUGCAUAUUUCAAACAACAUGAAAAUGUAUAUGCGCAAGUUAUUGA